AGGUAAAUACUCUGCUGCCCUUGACAAACAGCAGGAGAAAACACUCAGAGGAAUAUUCAGGCUUCAGCUAUUGUGAAACUGUUGGUUUGUUUUCCAUUACAGUUGAGCUGUGUAAAAGAAGAUUUCAAUAUGUCUGCGGAUCUCAUUUAUGCCGUAUGAAAUGUCAAAAAGCUGAUUAUGAUUACAAAUAUAGCUCUUUUUGAUCUGAAGCACCCACUUGAAACUAAGGCUCGCCCACUCUGUUAGGAUAUCAGAUCUUAUAUUUAAGGUAGAAAGGCCUAUGUCAAACUUCCCGUGGGUUCAGGAUGGUUCUACAUGGCAUCAAUCGGCUCCUCCCGACGAUGGUAUGCAAUUGUUUAAUAACUAUUUCAAAGUUACAGCAAUUACUCUCGGAAUUAUUGCUGCAGUUGCUGCAGUUGUGAUAUUAUGCAAAUGCUACAUCUUGUACAAGAUCGUGAACAUCUUCAUGUACAAGUUCAUAGACAGGUUCACAUACAAACGUGAGCCAAAAGAUGAAGAAACAAACGCAGUGGAGAAAGCUGGUGUUCAUCCUGGUUUAUCAUGCAACCUGCAAAUGGUUCCUAUUAUAACAACUCAAACAAAUGGGAUUGGAGGGAGAGGAAGAAUUUCAGAGAUGCAUGAAGAUCUCUCCUCCAAACAGGAACUGGUGCCUAAACAAAUUUAUACAAACCUCACAGUUGAUCAGAUAGUUGAUAUCAAGAGCUAUUGCAAUGAGUCUCACAAAGUUGGGGAAGGAAGCUUUGCACGAGUUUAUAGGGGGGUCUUUCAAGGCAAAGAUUUGGCUAUAAAGGAAAUCGAACAUAGAUCCCCUGACACUAUAAUUUGGGUGGAGAAUGAAGUUGAACUUCUGCAGGGAAUGGAGCACAUAAACAUAAUCAAGCUCUAUGCUUGGUGUGUAGAAGAAAAUAUAUCCUAUUUGGCCUACUUGUAUAUAGAUGGAUGUUCUCUAGAUGAUUACCUGAGAGGAAAUUGUAUAGGAUUUAGCUACAGUUGGGUGCAGAGGUUCAGUAUGAUAAUGGGUAUAGCCAGGGGAAUUGAAUUCUUACAUUCCAAUAAAAUCAUUCAUGUUGAUAUCAAGCCUCAGAAUAUCAUGGUGGAUGCCACUGAUAAUGAGACAAAACUUGUUGAUUUUGGGUUUUCCAGGCACGUAGAUUGGGAAGGUACACACCGGUCAACUGAUAAAAUAAUAGGCACCAAAGGCUAUUGGGCUCCAGAGUAUUGUUUGAUUAACAAACUCUCUUAUAAAAAUGAUAUUUACAGCUUUGGAAUUGUUGUGUUAGAGAUAAUAACAGGGCAGAGACAUGUUGAUGAAGCACGAGGCUCCAGUCAGUUUCACAUUCCAGGAUAUGUAAGGCACAUGGUAGAGAACAAUCGUUUUGAAGAAGCUGUAGAUGCUAGAAUUAAACAGGAUGGAUGGGACAUUUUUGCCGUAGAAGAAGCCCUCACUGUUGCAAACAUAGCCCUCAGGUGUGCUCACCCUGAUAAGACAAAGCGACCUGAUAUGAAUCUUCUGCUAGCAGAACUCACUUUGAUAAUGAGUAGCAACCAUAACAAUAUUAGUCUUGAACAGAGAGAAGAAGAAGUUGCAUUGAUAAUGUCUAGAUGAAAUCAAUACACUUAGAGGGUUGGAGAAUAACUAUGGGUUCCUGAUUAUUAAAAAAGCCUGUAUAAUUGUAAAUUCGAUUUCAGUCAAAUUAAUAUCAACAAAAGUAGUUUAAAAUUACAGGUAUGUGAUGAUGGCAGUUUGUAUGAAUGAAUGUUGUCAAAAUGGAGGUUGCAAUGUUGAGUCCAUUGCC